AUGUUAAACACUGAACUCCUCGUCCUCCUCGUCCUCGUCCUCCUCCUCCUCGUCCUCCUCCUCCUCGUCCUCCUCCUCCUCGUCCUCCUCCUCCUCGUCCUCCUCCUCCUCGUCCUCCUCCUCCUCGUCCUCCUCCUCCUCGUCCUCCUCCUCCUCGUCCUCCUCCUCCUCGUCCUCCUCCUCCUCCUCGUCCUCCUCCUCGUCCUCCUCCUCCUCCUCGUCCUCCUCCUCCUCGUCGUCCUCGUCCUCCUCCUCCUCGUCGUCCUCGUCCUCCUCCUCCUCGUCGUCCUCGUCCUCCUCCUCCUCGUCCUCCUCGUCCUCCUCCUCCUCGUCCUCCUCGUCCUCGUCCUCCUCGUCCUCCUCGUCCUCGUCCUCCUCGUCCUCGUCCUCGCCGUCCUCGUCCUCGUCCUCGCCGUCCUCGUCCUCGUCCUCGCCGUCCUCGUCCUCGUCCUCGCCGUCCUCGUCCUCGUCCUCGCCGUCCUCGUCCUCGUCCUCGCCGUCCUCGUCCUCGUCCUCGCCGUCCUCGUCCUCGUCCUCGCCGUCCUCGUCCUCGUCCUCGCCGUCCUCGCCGUCCUCGUCCUCGCCGUCCUCGUCCUCGUCCUCGCCGUCCUCGCCGUCCUCGUCCUCGCCGUCCUCGUCCUCGUCCUCGCCGUCCUCGCCGUCCUCGUCCUCGCCGUCCUCGUCCUCGUCCUCGCCGUCCUCGUCCUCGUCCUCGCCGUCCUCGUCCUCGUCCUCGCCGUCCUCGUCCUCGUCCUCGCCGUCCUCGUCCUCGUCCUCGCCGUCCUCGUCCUCGUCCUCGCCGUCCUCGUCCUCGCCGUCCUCGUCCUCGUCCUCGCCGUCCUCGUCCUCGCCGUCCUCGUCCUCGUCCUCGCCGUCCUCGUCCUCGCCGUCCUCGUCCUCGUCCUCGCCGUCCUCGUCCUCGUCCUCGCCGUCCUCGUCCUCGCCGUCCUCCCGUCCUCGUCCUCGCCGUCCUCGUCCUCGUCCUCGCCGUCCUCGUCCUCGCCGUCCUCGUCCUCGUCCUCGCCGUCCUCGUCCUCGUCCUCGUCCUCGCCGUCCUCGUCCUCGUCCUCGUCCUCGCCGUCCUCGUCCUCGUCCUCGCCGUCCUCGUCCUCGUCCUCGUCCUCGUCCUCGCCGUCCUCGUCCUCGCCGUCCUCGUCCUCGCCGUCCUCGUCCUCGUCCUCGUCCUCGCCGUCCUCGUCCUCGUCCUCGUCCUCGUCCUCGCCGUCCUCGUCCUCGCCGUCCUCGUCCUCGCCGUCCUCGUCCUCGUCCUCGUCCUCGCCGUCCUCGUCCUCGCCGUCCUCGUCCUCGCCGUCCUCGUCCUCGUCCUCGUCCUCGCCGUCCUCGUCCUCGUCCUCGCCGUCCUCGUCCUCGUCCUCGCCGUCCUCGUCCUCGUCCUCGCCGUCCUCGUCCUCGUCCUCGCCGUCCUCGUCCUCGUCCUCGCCGUCCUCGUCCUCGUCCUCGCCGUCCUCGUCCUCGUCCUCGCCGUCCUCGUCCUCGCCGUCCUCGUCCUCGUCCUCGCCGUCCUCGUCCUCGUCCUCGUCCUCGUCCUCGCCGUCCUCGUCCUCGCCGUCCUCGUCCUCGCCGUCCUCGUCCUCCUCGUCCUCGUCCUCGUCCUCGUCCUCGUCCUCGCCGUCCUCGUCCUCGCCGUCCUCGUCCUCGUCCUCGCCGUCCUCGUCCUCGCCGUCCUCGCCGUCCUCGUCCUCGUCCUCGCCGUCCUCGUCCUCGUCCUCGCCGUCCUCGUCCUCGUCCUCGUCCUCGCCGUCCUCGUCCUCGCCGUCCUCGUCCUCGUCCUCGUCCUCGCCGUCCUCGUCCUCGUCCUCGCCGUCCUCGUCCUCGUCCUCGCCGUCCUCGUCCUCGUCCUCGCCGUCCUCGUCCUCGCCGUCCUCGUCCUCGCCGUCCUCGUCCUCGCCGUCCUCGUCCUCGUCCUCGUCCUCGCCGUCCUCGUCCUCGCCGUCCUCGUCCUCGUCCUCGCCGUCCUCGUCCUCGUCCUCGCCGUCCUCGUCCUCGUCCUCGCCGUCCUCGUCCUCGCCGUCCUCGCCGUCCUCGUCCUCGCCGUCCUCGCCGUCCUCGUCCUCGCCGUCCUCGUCCUCGUCCUCGCCGUCCUCGUCCUCGUCCUCGCCGUCCUCGUCCUCGCCGUCCUCGUCCUCGUCCUCGUCCUCGCCGUCCUCGUCCUCCUCGUCCUCGCCGUCCUCGUCCUCGCCGUCCUCGUCCUCGCCGUCCUCGUCCUCGCCGUCCUCGUCCUCGCCGUCCUCGUCCUCGCCGUCCUCGUCCUCGCCGUCCUCGUCCUCGCCGUCCUCGUCCUCGCCGUCCUCGUCCUCGCCGUCCUCGUCCUCGUCCUCCUCGUCCUCGCCGUCCUCGUCCUCGCCGUCCUCGUCCUCCUCGUCCUCCUCGUCCUCGCCGUCCUCGUCCUCGUCCUCCUCGUCCUCGCCGUCCUCGUCCUCCUCGUCCUCGCCGUCCUCGUCCUCCUCGCCGUCCUCGUCCUCCUCGUCCUCGCCGUCCUCGUCCUCCUCGCCGUCCUCGUCCUCCUCGUCCUCGCCGUCCUCGUCCUCCUCGCCGUCCUCGUCCUCGCCGUCCUCGUCCUCGUCCUCCUCGUCCUCGCCGUCCUCGUCCUCGUCCUCCUCGUCCUCGCCGUCCUCGUCCUCGUCCUCCUCCCAGUUACGUCUUAGUAAAUAA